AUGGCUUUCAAGAACGGGCUGAGCGAACGCCUCGAUGAGCUGCGAUUCCCCUCCCCGCGCUCCCCACCGUCCGAUUCGGCGUAUAACCCCCUCUCGCCAGGCAAUUCGAACUUUGGGUCAGGCUUUUCACGACCGAAUAGUGAUGUUCGCGCCAACUUGCAACGUCGAUUCACCACGGACUCGAGCAAGCUGUCGUCUUGGAAUUUCCUAAAUCAAGGGACCCCGCAGAUGCCCGAUACCCUGGACCUACUAUCCUCGCAAUUCCUGUCUUCCAUCGAUUUCCUUUAUCCCCAACACGCCCUUCUCGAAUCAAUGACUCGUUCUCGCAAAUACGCUCAACAUCAGACUAACAAGGUCCAGUUUGAGAAGAAACGGCAGCACAUCGAGUCCAUGCGUGAACAAAAACGACGAUUUGAAGAAGAUAUGAAGCUUCUCGAUAUCCAGCACGAGAAGGAGAAAAUGGAGAUGGACCAAUUGGCCCUUGAUCUUGCUAAGGCUGGCAUUGCUGGCCGUGCCAGUCAACCUACCACUCCCCCAGAAUACCGUGACCCCAGUGUGUCUACUGGGGGAAGACCCAAUCUGUUUCCUGCUGCCAGUGUGACUUCAUCUCCUGGAUUUUUCAGUGCCUUCGCUCCUUCUGUUACCUCUCCUCAGAACCAGGGGUCGCAGAAUGCCCGUUCUCAUGCACAAUCUAUGGACCGGUUUGCCGUGCAUUCUCUUCCUGGAUCUCGGCGCAACUCCGAAAAAGACAACUUCUUGUUCGAUUCGACCGUGAUCGAUUCCACUAUUCGGGGUACCUCACACCGUAACUCGAUGCCGUCGAACAACCACUACAACGCAUAUCGAUCCAAUGGAAAUGUUCAUACCGGCAACGCAAACGGCAACGUUAAUGGCUAUAUGAAUAGCUACAACCCCGCAUCGGGCUUUGACUCAUUUCCAGUCGCGAAACAUCUCUACCACGGCGAUGCGGGGCUGUUAGCGAAAGAUGAACCUCGUUUGUCCACGCCUGACAUCACUAGGUACAUCAAUAUGACGGAUCCGGAGGACAAAUUCCCAACUCUUCGUCGGGAUGGCUUGAAUAUGCUGGCAGCCAAUCCAGACGCCCAUGAUCUUGCUAACCCACGGGGUUUGGGCCAUGAAACGUUUUCUUACCACAGCCGCAAUCGCUCUUCCCACCAGAGCAUGCCCCCGAGUCUGACCGAGAUGAGACGCCACGAUCGCCUGGAUUCCCUGGGAGGCGGUCACGCAGAGGACACACUCAUUCAUCGGCACCAGGCUCGCCACUCCCUGGAGGGUGGUCCUGUUUUCCCAAAUGAGCGCGAAUCUGUCACCCCAGUGCCCUCUUAUAGCCGUCCCAUGGCCCGCAUUUCAUAUUCUACGAAUGAUGUACCUACCGUUAGGGGUACAGCUUUUGAGGCAGCCAUUACCCCACCCAGGAAUAACGUGGAUCGUGGUCAUCGCCACACCCCGAGCGUUGGGCGUAUUCCACCUAGCGUGCACUCUCACCAGUCUAGAACGUCCCCAGAUUCUGAGCACCAAAACAAUCAGCUCGGUCAAACUAUGCUGCAGGCAAGUGCUGCCCCAUUUGGCCCGCAGAUUUCAUCGGCGAUGUCAAACAAUAGUCUGAAUGGCUCUGCUGCACCUAUCGGUUUACCAUUCCCCGCACAAUCGCACGUUACCAAUGGUGUUCAGCCCUAUGGGACAGCCUCGAACCAGAUGGCUCUAUUCGCCGAUCCAAAUUCUUACGGUGGAUUUUCCAACCAUGCCGGCAAUGGCUAUCGUGCUAACGAGGCCCCAACCCGGAGCGGGCACAGCCAGAGACGUGCCACUGAGAGCGAGGCCUCCCAGUAUCAGAUUGCACGAGAUAUCCCCAACCAGAAUCGGUUUGAUGGCCCCCAGCAGACUCGAUUCAACCACCCUCUGGAGCACUACAAGGGUCAAUUGUACAGCCUGUGCAAGGACCAGCAUGGUUGCAGAUUCCUGCAGCGAAAGCUGGAUGACAACAACCCGGACCACGUUCAGCUUAUCUUUCAAGAGACGUACCCGUACGUAACCGAGCUCAUGACUGAUCCGUUCGGCAACUACCUUAUCCAGAAACUGCUCGAACUGUCUAACAAUGAGCAACGCACUAUCCUGAUUAAAAAUGCCGCCCCUCUUUUGGUGGAGACAGCAUUUAAUCAGCACGGAACACGUGCCCUGCAAAAGAUGAUCGAAACCAUAUCCACUCAAGAGCAGACUGACAUGGUGAUUGAAGCCCUUGGUCAGCAUGUUGUUGCUAUGGUUAAGGAUAUCAAUGGCAACCACGUUAUCCAAAAAUGUCUCAACCGCUUGCGCUCGGUCGACGCAGACUUCAUCUAUGAAGCCGUUGGUCAAAAUUGUAUCUCCGUUGGUACUCACCGUCAUGGGUGCUGUGUCCUGCAGCGUUGUCUUGACCAUGCGUCGGGUGAUCAGAAAGCUCGCCUUGUUGAUCAAAUCACGCAGAAUUCUUAUAUUCUGGUGCAAGACCCCUACGGAAAUUAUGUUAUUCAGUAUAUCCUGGAUAUGAAUGAACCUAGUUUCACGGCACCUCUAUGCCAAGGGUUCUUCGGCAAAGUCGUCACUAUGGCGAUGCACAAAUUCAGCUCUAAUGUCAUCGAAAAGGGGCUGCGCACAUGCCUACCAGGCCAUCGUCGCGAGAUGAUUGCCGAGAUGGUCCAUCAUGAGAAUUUCCCGGAGUGUCUGCGGGACGCUUACGGGAAUUAUGUUAUCCAGACUGCUAUGGAUCAUGCCGACCCGGAGUCGCUUGGUGAGAUCGUCGAGGCUAUCCGGCCAAUUCUGCCAUCGUUCCGUCAGACCCCACAUGGACGUCGAAUUGCUAGCAGAAUUCUCGCAAUUGAGACCAGUGGCCGUUUGUCUGCUGAGCAUCCCAUCCGCGAGGUCAAUGUUCCUAACCAGGUUGUCAAGCCUUCGGCAAAGAAAAAUCACCUGUCUCAGGGAUCGGUCAACGAUUUUGCUAACCAAACCUUUCCACCAACCCCUGCAACAAGCUCCACUGCGAACACCCCUCCUGGCGGAGGUAAAGAACACUCCUUGAUGUUCCCCGCCCCUGUUUCUCCAUCUGCUGGCCUUGUGCCGAAGACCGAGGCAGGCUACCAGUUCUUCUAG